CAGACCGACGGAGCGCGAGCCGAGCAGCGCGGCGCUGAAAAUAACCUACUACAAGAAAACGCUGGGAAAUUACGCUUCAUGUCGGCUUACUCUGCUGGGAAUUUGGACUUCAGCAACUAGGAUGAAAUAGCGUCGAAGGCUGCGCCACGUCGGCGGGAGAAACUAAAGAAAGAGGAAGAAAGGUUGGUGGUGGAGAUCUGAUCUGACUGACUUCCUCUGCUUCAGACUACGUUUCCCAUGGAGCUGUGCACUGACACACACGCUGUUCUACCAUGGAGCCACCAGUCAGGCUUUUGGACCCAAAGAGCCAGUGAGACAGAAGAGGACCUGAUACUGUGAUAUCACGCUCCAGACCCGAAGCCCAUCCCGUCGUCUCCUCCUCACCCCCCCGCUCGUCCUCCAUCUGACCAUCUUUCUCUCCGAGGCCUCGUCUGGAGCUCCUCCCCCCUCCCUGACUCCUGCUGUGGAUUAAAGACUUUUAUUGGGACUCGAGUGUCUCGUCUCAGCCCGACACGCUGACCGGCUGACCAGAAGGUCCUGAUCACAGAACCAGUCUGAGCCCAGUCCCGGAUCGGUCCGAGUCCAGUCCUGCUGCGGGAUGGCAGGUCUACCGUUCUGUUUGGCUGUGAUGGCCGCUGCUCUCCUGCUGACCCUCAGGACUGAUGCUGCAGGUCAGAACCCGGACCACGUCCUGCAGGGGACGGGGGUGAAACCCGAGGCUCGGCGGCCCGGAGAGGACUCGACCAUCGCUCCCGAGGACGCCGCCCGUUUCCUCAGCUGCUACUGCUCCGGACACUGUCCCGAGGACGCCACAAACAACACCUGCCAGACCAACGGUCAGUGCUUCGCCAUCAUCGAGGAGGAUGAGCACGGUGAGGCCAUCCUCACCUCCGGCUGCAUGAAGUAUGAAGGCUCACACUUCCAGUGCAAGGACUCUCCCAAAGCUCAGACCAGGAGGACCAUCGAGUGCUGCAACACUGACUUCUGCAACAGGGACCUGCAGCCCACCCUCCCCCCUCAGCCUCCAGCAGACGGCAGCCCCCACUGGCUGGCCUUCCUCAUCUCCAUGACGGUCUGCUGCUGCACUCUGAUCUGUGUCACCGUGGUCUGUUACUACAGGUAUAAGUGGCAGAGUGAGCGUCAGCGCUAUCAUAAGGAUCUGGAGCAGGAAGUCUUCAUCCCUGCUGGAGAGUCGCUCAAAGACCUCAUCCACCAAUCACAGAGCUCCGGCAGCGGCUCAGGGCUCCCCCUCCUGGUGCAGCGGACCAUCGCCAAGCAGAUCCAGAUGGUGCGUCAGAUCGGUAAGGGGCGGUACGGCGAGGUGUGGCUGGGCCGCUGGAGGGGAGAGAAGGUGGCCGUCAAAGUCUUCUUCACCCGAGAGGAAGCCAGCUGGUUCAGAGAGACGGAGAUCUACCAGACCGUCCUGAUGAGACACGAGAACAUCCUCGGCUUCAUCGCGGCCGACAUCAAGGGCACCGGCGCCUUCACGCAGCUCUUCCUCAUCACCGACUACCACGAGAACGGCUCGCUGUACGACUACCUGAAGCUGACCACGCUGGACACGCAGUCCCUGCUGCGGCUGGCGUACUCGGCCGCCUGCGGCCUCUGCCACCUGCACACCGAGAUCUACGGCACGCAGGGCAAACCGGCCAUCGCCCACCGAGACCUGAAGAGCAAGAACAUCCUGAUCAAGAAGAACGGCGCCUGCUGCAUCGCCGACCUCGGCCUCGCCGUCAAGUUCAACAGCGACACUAACGAGGUGGACGUCCCUCUGAGCACUCGGGUGGGGACGCGGCGCUACAUGGCCCCCGAGGUCCUGGACGAGAGCCUCAACAAGAACCACUUCCAGGCUUACAUCAUGGCCGACAUGUACAGCUACGGUCUCGUCAUCUGGGAGAUGGCGAGACGCUGUGUGACCGGAGGUAUUGUGGAGGACUACCAGCUGCCGUACUAUGAGAUGGUGCCCUCUGACCCCUCCUAUGAGGACAUGCUGGAGGUGGUUUGUGUUAAAGGUCUGCGGCCCACAGUGUCCAACCGCUGGAACAGUGACGAGUGCCUUCGGGCCAUGCUGAAGCUGAUGUCAGAGUGCUGGGCUCAUAACCCCGCCUCCCGCCUCACCAUCCUUAGAGUGAAGAAGACGCUCGCCAAGAUGGUGGAGUCCCAGGACAUCAAGAUCUGACCGCCCUCCUCAUCCUCCUCCUCCUCUUCCCACGGCCGCCGGAUUCACCCGAACCCAGAACACGUUCGACCUGAUCGGACCGGCUUCCCCAGGCCCGGUACAUCGCUCUUCAUCAGGAGGAGGAAGAGGAGGAGAAGUUGGGAGAUUAAAAAAAGGACCCGCCUCAGGGCUGAACUGUGCGUCUCCUCCUCCUCCUCCUUCCUCCUUCCUCCAUCUUCAGUCUGUCUGCAGCGGGGAAACGAACAUGGACUCCUUUCUCCUCCUCCUCUUCCUCCAGCCCGGUGUGACGCUUUCUGUGAAAGCCAAACGAGACGAUAAUGUAGACGAGGACUUCCUGUGGAGAGGAGAGGAAUGAACUGAGAAAAGGGUCUGCCUUCCUCGCCCUCCUCCUCCUCUUCAGCUUGUUUCAAAACGCUACAAAUGCCAAGUUUUGUUUUCUCUUCAGGACUGAGCUCUCCUGCCAUAUUGAAAUAUAUCUCCACUCUAAAGUAGAGUUAAUUAUAAAAUAAGGUACUAUAAUAAUAUGUGAAUUUUAAUGUGUAAAUAAAUGUUAUCGUUAGAUGCCGUGCCUGCUCGUAAGAAGACGUUAGAGACCAGAACACGAUGCUGCGGUGGUGUCGACGUCCAGCCCACUCCUCAGAGACGUCUCCCGUCCUGUCUGUCCGUCUGUCCACGUCCUGGUUCACGUCUGUCCGUCUGUCUCACCACGUCGUACGUCAGUCGUGAAGCGGUGGAGCUGCUCUGGUGGACGAGUCAAACCUCAGUGGGUGGAGCCGAAGGAAUCGAUCAGAUGUCGCUCCGCUUCUCAAACUGUCUGUAGAUUAACUUUAGCUCCUCCCACUGAGGUUUCCGCCGUCCAAUCAGAUUAUUUCUGAUUUAGAGAAAUGUAUGUAAAAGUUAAACUGAGCGUCCUGAUUGGCUGUCUGAGAUUCAUUUGUUCCAAAAUAAGAGUCACAGUUUCUUCUUUCUACAGCAUGAAAACCAAGAAAUAUUCCAUUUUAUUUGGGAAACCGGUCUAAAUGUGGUUAGCCUAGCUUAGCACAAGGACUGGGCACAGGGGGGAACUGUUAGCCUAGCGCCAUCAAAAGAGAAAAUCCACCUUCUAACUUCCUGGUCUCUUUGAUUCGUCGAACAGGAAACAACAAUGUGAAAAUGUGACAUUGUGAUAUUAGAAGCAGCUACAACAGCUUCCCCUUGCUUCCAGUGUUUGUGCUAAGCUAGGCUAAAGACACCCUGGACCCUCUCUGGAUGAAAAAGAGGAUUUGCUGAAACUGUUGGACUGUUCCUUAAAAUGUUUGUGUUGGUUUUCUGUCCUCAGCAGCAGGACGACGUGUGUGUGUGAAAGAGAGUGAGUGAGUGUGUGUGUGAGAGAGAAUUAAGCUAACCGUUCAUUCAGUAGCUAUUUAAGAGCAGUAACUUAGUGUUUUCCCCCGUAUAGGAAUAAUGUCUAAUCUGUAAAUGUUUCAUGUGUUCGUGUCGGUGGUGUUGUUGUUUUGUACAGCAUCUGGUUCGGUGCCUUAUGAGUUUACCAAGGAAAUGAAAACUCUGUAUACAGUCUGUCCAAUGUAACGAUUUUUAAGUAAAUAACCUUAUUUUAGUACACAAUGUCACAGCGUCCGCUCGUCUUCCUUCUCACACACACACACACACAUAAUUUUUGUGAUUGAAAUUGAGAAUUAGACUAUUUGGAUUUG